GGCAGCCCUGUUGUUGGCCUAAAAGAAUGCACCCGAGGCUCCGCAGUGUGGUGCCAGGACUUGAAAACAGCCGUGGACUGUGGGGCCGUGAAGCACUGUCUGCAGAAUGUCUGGAACAAGCCAACAGUGAAAUCCCUUCCUUGUGACAUAUGCAAGGAUGUCAUCAUUGAAGCUGGCAACAUGUUGAAGGACAAUGGCACUGAGGAGAAGAUCCUUGAAAACUUGGAGAGGACCUGCGACUGGCUUCCUCAUUCCUCCAACCUGUCUGCUGUCUGCAAGCAGAUAGUCCAGUCCUACUUGCCCGUCAUCCUGGACAUGAUCAAAGGAGAGACGAGUCGACCUGAAGAGGUGUGCUCUGCCCUCAAACUCUGCCAGUCUCUUCAGAAGCACCUUGCCGAGCUGAAUCACCAGAAACAGCUUGAGUCCAAUAAGAUCCCGGAACUGGACAUGUCCCAGGUGGUGGCUCCCUUCAUGGCCAACAUCCCUCUUCUCCUGUACCCUCAGGAGGGAUCCCAGAGCAAGUCCCAGCCAAAGGCUGAAGGGAGUGUCUGUGAGGACUGCGUUCAGAUGGUUACUGACCUCCAGACAGCUGUGAGGACCAACACCUCCUUCGUCGAGUCCUUCGUGGAGCACAUCAAGGAGGAGUGUGACCGCCUGGGACCCGGCAUGUCUGACAUGUGCAAGAACUAUAUCAACCAGUAUUCUGAAAUUGCUGUCCAGAUGAUGAUGCAUAUGCAGGAUCAGCAACCCAAGGAGAUCUGUGGGCUGGCUGGAUUCUGUGACGAGAGCAAAGCGGUCCCGAUGCAGUCGCUGAUUCCUGCCAAGGUGGCCCCGGAGAACGUCAUCCCUGCCCUGGAACUGGUGGAGCCCAUUAAGAAGGAUCUGGCCCCAGCCAAAGCAGAAUUAUACUGUGAAGUGUGUGAGUACGUGGUGAAGGAGGUGGUGAAGCUUGUCGACAACAAUAGAACUGAGGAACAAAUCAUCCACGCUCUGGAAAAAGUGUGCUCCAAACUGCCCACCUCCAUGUCUGAAGAGUGCCAGGAACUGGUAGAUACCUACGGCAGCUCCAUCCUGUCCCUCCUCCUGGAGGAGGCCAGCCCUGAGCUGGUGUGCAGCAUGCUCCACCUCUGCUCUGUCCAGGGGCUGCCGGCGUUGACAGUACAAAUGACUGAGCUGAACAAUGGUGGCUUCUGUGAGGUGUGCAAGAAGCUGGUUAACUACUUGGAUCAAAACCUGGAGAAGAACAGCACAAAGCAGGAGAUCCUAGCUGCUUUCGAGAAAGGCUGCAGCUUCCUGCCUGAGCCUUAUCAGAAGCAGUGUGAUGAGUUUGUGACUCAGUACGAGCCCGUGCUGAUCGAGGUCCUGGUCGAGGUGAUGGACCCUUCCUUCGUGUGCUUGAAAGUGGGUGCCUGUCCCUCAGGCCAUAAGCGUCUCUUGGGAACAGAAAAGUGUGUUUGGGGCCCAGGCUACUGGUGCCAGAACAUGGAGACAGCGUCCCAGUGCAACGCUGUGGAACACUGCAAGCGUCAUGUGUGGAACUAG